AUACUGGAGUACACGAAAUCGUUUAAGAGGCAUUUACAAAAUUAAUGACAGAGCAAACCGAGUAUUCGAGCAAGGGUAGUGGCUUUAAUUUACAGUGUAUUGAUAGAUGGUUUAAUGUUAGGUAGAUAUAAAUAUACACCUAUGGUUGGAUCUUCCUACAUGGCAUUACCAGAUCCAAUAGAAAAUAAAAAAGCCACUAUCAACCCGCAAAACCUGGACAUGCAAUGCUUCAAAUGGGCAAUUCUCGCCAGACAUGUUACAGGAAAAAAUAAAGCUUAUGUUGGUGAAAAUUAUUUUGAACACGAAGAACGGUAUAAUUUUUCUGAUCUUUCGUUCCCGACAUCUCUUCAUCAAGUAAAAAUAUUUGAAAGUAAUAAUCCAAACGUGUCUGUAAAUGUUUACGGCAUUGAAAAGCGGUCUUCUGAACAACGUCGAGCACAUGUUACAUGCACAACUUGCAAUUUAUGUAAAAAUAGAUUUUCUAAAAAAAACCGAAAAGUGGCAGAUCACUGUCACUUAUCCGGCCAUUUUCGUUAAUCGCUGUAUAAUAAUUGCAAUAAAGCUCUAAAGCUUCAAACUCCGAAUUUCAUUCAAUGUUCUUUUCAUAACUUGAGCAAUUACGACGCUCAUUUCAUCAUGACUGAGCUGGGAUAUGACGCACAAACAAUCACUCUCAUACCUAACUGCGAGGAGAAAUUUAUUUCCUUCUCAAAAUAUAUUAACAAUACCUUCACAAUCCGAGAAACCUCUAAGCAUUUUUCAUCCGAGGACAUUCCACUCGUCACUCGUAAGGGAGCGUACCCGUAUGAGUAUACAGACAGUUGGGGAAAGUUGAAAGAAACGCAUUUACCAGAGAAAGAAGAUUUCUAUAGUACACUAACGGAGGAGCAUAUAAAAGAAGAAGAUUAUCAUCAUGCUAAGGAGCUAUGGAAGCAUUUUAAUUGUAAAACACUCGGUGAAUAUUCAGACUUAUACCUGAAGAUAGAUGUUUUAUUACUGGCGGACGUUUUUGAAAAUUAUCGUGAUCUAUGUUUGAGUACAUACCAGCUGGACCCAGCAUUCUACUAUACUGUUCCAGGGUUUAGUUUUGAUUGUAUGUUUAAAUACAAGUCUAUGAAACUUGAAUUACUCUCUGAUUAUGACAUGUUAAUUCGUGGUGGUUUAACUCAAGCAAUCAUGCGUUACGCUAAAGCUAACAACGAAAAUACCCCAGAUUACGACCCGUCAAAUCCCAAAUCAUGA